UAAAACAACAACAAAAAAGAAGUAUGAGCAGUGGAAACAGAAGAGGUUUAAGAGUGAGAGGUGGUGGCCAGGGUAGAGGAAGAGGAGAUGGAGAAAGAGAAAGAAGAGCUGAAGAUGUAGGAGGAAGAGCGAGAAGAGCUGAGGAUGUAGGAAGAGGAGAAAAGAUUGAAGAGAUGGAUAGAUUGGAGGGCAAUGGUAUAGUGGAAAGAGAAAAUAUAAGAAGAGGUGGACAGGGAGGAAGAGGAGGGCAAAGAGGAAGAGGAGGCCAAGUUGUAAGAGGAGGGAGGAGAGGUAGAAUGAGGGUAGGGUACACGCGUGUUUCAAAUGAAAUCAGAGCCACACUUAUUGACCAUGUCAUAAAUCAUGGUCUCUCACUGAGAGAAGCUGGCCAGAGAGUUCAGCCCAAUAUAAACAGAUCCACAGUGGCUUCAAUUAUCCGUAUAUUUCAGAGGGAAAACCGAAUUGAAGUUCGAGAACAUUCAGGUGGACGAACAAGACUUUUUUCAGUUGAACAAGAGCAUGCCAUUGUUGACAUGGUGGUCCAGAACAACACCCUCUGCCUCAAAGAAAUUCAGCAAAGAAUAACACAGGACAAUCAACUAUUCCACAAUAUCCACCAAUGCAGUCUCUCCACAAUUGACCGUGUUCUAAGGAGAAAUGCUAUCCGAAUGAAGCAAGUAUACAAAGUGCCCUUUGAGAGGAACUCCAUUAGAGUGAAGGAGUUGUGAUUCCAGUUUGUUCAAGUAUGUGCAAC